AUGACUUACUGCCCCGUCCACACGCCAGCCUCUGUCUCUGCCACGUCCACACGCCAGCACCUGUCUCUGCCACGUCUACACGCCAGCCUCUGUCUCUGCCACGUCCACACGCCAGCCUGUCUCUGCCGUCCACACGCCAGCACCUGUCUGCCCGUCCACCGCCAGCCUCUGUCUCCCGUCCGCCAGCCUCUGUCUCUGCCACGUUCACACGCCAGCACCUGUCUGCCGUCCACGCCAGCCUCUGUCUCUGCCACGUCCACGCCAGCACCUGUCUCUGCCACGUCCGCCAGCCUCUGUCUCUGCCGUCCACACGCCAGCCUCUGUCUCUGCCACGUUCACACGCCAGCACCUGUCUCUGCCGUUCACACGCCAGCACCUGUCUCUGCCGUCCACGCCAGCCUCUGUCUCUGCCACGUUCACACGCCAGCACCUGUCUCUGCCACGUUCACACGCCAGCACCUGUCUCUGCCGUCCACACGCCAGCACCUGUCUCUGCGUUCACGCCAGCACCUGUCUGCCGUUACGCCAGCACCUGUCUCUCCACGUCCACCGCCAGCACCUGUCUCUGCCACGUUACGCCAGCACCUGUCUCUGCCACGUUCACACGCCAGCACCUGUCUCUGCCACGUUCACGCCAGCACCUGUCUCUGCCGUUCACACGCCAGCACCUGUCUGCCACGUCCACACGCCAGCACCUGUCUCUGCCACGUUCACACGCCAGCACCUGUCUCUGCCACGUUCACACGCCAGCACCUGUCUCUGCCAGUCCACACGCCAGCACCUGUCUCUGCCACGUUCACACGCCAGCACCUGUCUCUGCCACGUUCACACGCCAGCACCUGUCUGCCACGUUCACGCGCCAGCACCUGUCUCUGCCAUUGCCCACACGCCAGCACCCUCUGUCCACACGCCAGCUCUGUCUCUGCCACGUCCACGCUGUCUCUGCCCACGCCAGCACCGUCUCUGCCACGUCCACACGCGCACCUGUCUCUGCCACGUUCACAGCACCUGUCUCUGCCGUCACACGCCAGCACCUGUCUCUGCCGUGCUGCCACGUUCACACGCCAGCACCUGUCUCUGCCACGUUCACUCCGUUCUGUCCCACGUUCACGCACACUGUCUCUGCCACGUUCACACGCCAGCACCUGUCUCUGCCACGUUCACACGCCAGCACCUGUUCUGCCACGUUCCACGCCAGCACCUGUCUCUGCCACGUUCACACGCCAGCACCUGUCUCUGCCACGUUCACACGCCAGCCUCUGUCUCUGCCACGUCCACACGCCAGCACCCGUCUCGCCACGUUCACACGCCAGCACCUGUCUCUGCCACGUCCACACGCCAGCCAGCACACUGUCUCUGCCACGUUCACACGCCAGCACCUCUCCCUGCCACGUUCACACGCCAGCACCUGUCUCUGCUGCCACGUCUCACACGUCACCAGCCUCUGUCUCUGCCACGUUCACACGCCAGCACCUGUCUCUGCCACGUUCACGCCAGCACCUGUCUCUGCCACACGUCCACACGCCAGCCUCUGUCUCUGCCACGUUCACACGCCAGCACCUGUCUCUGCCACGUUCACACGCCAGCACCUGUCUCUGCCACGUCCACACGCCAGCACCUGUCUGCCACGUCCUGCCAGCGUUCACACGCCAGCACCUGUCUCUGCCACGUCCACACGCCAGCACCUGUCUCUGCCACGUUCACACGCCAGCACCUGUCUCUCGCCACGUCCACACGCCAGCGUCCACGCCAGCACCGUCUGCCACGUCCACACGCCAGCACCUGUCUCUGCCACGUUCACACGCCAGCACCUGUCUCGCCAGCACACUGUCUGCCACACGCCAGCACCUGUCUCUGCCACGUCACGCCAGCACCCUCACCACAUCACGCCAGCCUCUGUCUCUGCCACGUUCACACGCCAGCACCUGUCUCUGCCACGUCCACACGCCAGCACCUGUCUCUGCCACGUCCACACGCCAGCCUCUGUCUCUGCCACACGUUCACACGCCAGCACCUGUCUCUGCCACGUCCACACGCCAGCACCUGUCUCUGCCACGUCCACACGCCAGCUAG